AUCAAACAAUAUAAAAUGGGGAUUUGAGAAUAUCUAGGUCCGUGCGAUUUUGCAUGAAUACAGAGGGCAAUGCACUGUGCAGUAUAGUCCAAGAUUAUUCUAUCGCUGUGUUGUAAAUAUAACAAUGGCGCAUUCUCGUGACGCUGCAGGGAACCGGGCGGAUUAUAGGACCCGUGUAAUUCAAGUCAAGGCGAAUAACUGAAGUUAUGGUUUCCCGUGUGCAGCAGCCAGCGUGAGACAAAAGCGGCGAGUGCUUUCGCGCGUGUGGAUCGCCGCUGCAGCGUGCAGGAGCAGCCGAUUCGCUUUCUUUAAUCUCCAGCGAGGAUCCGAACACAUUACGAGGAGAGGAGAGAGGGUUCGGCGUGGGCGCACCGUGGCACUGUUAUUUCCGGAAGAAAAGAGAGGGGCGUCAAAACAACAUGGGACACAUCUCGGGUCAGCAGCUGGUGGUUCUCGCUCGCAUCUAACCGGGCAGGACAGUUGCACCGACGCGUUGUUUUGGCUUGUGCGCGCCGAGACACGCGGGGACGGACACGUCCGACCGGGACAUCCCUCACCCCCCCCCCCCACCCCUUGGGUCUGUGACAACGCAAGAAGAGGUUCGACGCUCAUUUGGGUUUCCAGCUCUUGUAAGACAGAGAACACUGUGAACACCAGCUGGUCCAGUUCCCGUUGAUGCUGGUGGAGGCUCAAUAUUCCGCUUCCCGCCAACUCCGCCUGCGCCAAGUCCACCUCCCUCCCCCUGCCAUGGCGAUGAGCAGCGAGCCUGGCAUCGAAAGGUUGGGGUCCAGUUCUGAAAAACAGAGCAGCAGUCUCACAGACAUCCUGGCCGCCAUGUCCACAGAAGAUCUGGAUGGUUCAGUGAGAAAUGGACGUGCUCAGCUGGACAGGGAUCAGCCCAGAAGGACUCAACCGUCACGUCCUCAGUUGACCGGAAGGAAGUUCUCUCUGCAGGAGAGAGGCACUUACCUCUCCUGCAAAGGGGGCUACACACACAUCUCUCCUCGGGUGGCUCGAAGGCCCACGGUGGAGUCGAAACGUGUGUCCAUAUCAGACUCACAGGAUUGUAUCCAGUUGAACCAGUAUAAGUUGAAGAGUGAAAUUGGAAAGGGUUCCUAUGGUGUGGUCAAACUUGCAUACAAUGAGGACGAUGACAAACAUUAUGCCAUGAAAGUGGUGUCCAAGAAGAAGUUAAUGAAGCAGUGUGGUUUUCCACGUCGUCCACCUCCAAGAGGACCAAAGGCAGUCCAAGGAGAGCAGCCCAAAUUCUUGGGACCAUUGGAAAGAGUCUACCAAGAGAUCGCCAUCCUCAAAAAGCUCGAUCAUGUCAACAUUGUGAAACUAGUGGAGGUGCUGGAUGAUCCUUCCGAGGAUAACCUUCACAUGGUAUUCGAGCUGAUGCGCAAAGGGCCCGUGUUGGAAGUACCCACCGACAAUCCGUUGUCAGAGGAACAGGCAAGGUUAUACUUCCGAGAUGUCAUCCUUGGUAUUGAGUACUUGCACUACCAGAAAAUUGUACACCGGGACAUCAAGCCUUCUAAUUUGUUACUGGGUGAUGACGGCCAUGUUAAGAUUGCAGAUUUUGGAGUGAGCAACCAGUUUGAGGGCAAAGACGCUUUGCUGUCCAGCACAGCUGGUACUCCUGCGUUCAUGGCGCCAGAGACCUUGUCAGACAAGCGGAAGAGCUUCAGUGGAAAAGCACUGGAUGUUUGGGCCAUGGGAGUCACUCUCUUCUGUUUCAUCUUCGGAAAGUGCCCAUUUAUUGACGAGUACAUAUUGGCUUUGCACAAUAAGAUAAGGACCAAAGCUGUGGAUUUCCCCGAAAUACACAAACAUGUCGUUGCACCGCCAGCAUGCGCUAAAUGUCACCUGCAUGUGAUCAAAACAAGCAAAGAAAAGGUAGACCAAUGGGUGACUCAGGGUGGCACCGACCCCCUGCCUCUGGAGGAGGAGCACUGCUCUGUGGUGGAGGUGACGGAAGAGGACAUCAAGAACUCAGUCAAGUUUGUUCCCAGCCUCUCUGCUGUGAUCUUGGUCAAAGCCAUGUUGAGGAAACGCUCCUUCAGUAAUCCGUUUGAGUGUCCGAGUCGAAGGGAAGAGAGGUCGAUGUCGGCACCCAGCAGCUUGCUCAUGGACUCUUGGCCUUUCCGGCCAACUUUAAAAGUGCACCCAUCACUCAGAAAGAGCAGCACAGGUGAUGGACCCAGGGAAGGAGAGCUGGAGGAUCUGCAUGAAGAUGAGCCCUCGUCUUGAGUCUUAGACAUUGUUGUUAUUUUUCUUCAACCUCUCUUCCCCUUUCCUUUGCUUCAACCGUUUAUGUGCUUGCCACUUCAUGCGCUACGCAGAAAACAGGCAUGGAAGUCCAGUGUUUUUUUUUUUUUUCUUACUCCGUGCUUGUGUUUGAACUUCCUGUUGACCUCGGAGUGACAUUACUUCUCUCCGCCCCCCCCCUUUUUUUUUUUUUUACUCUGCUUUUAAUCAUUUUCUCUUUUCAUGUCGGCCUGUUGUGGAGAAGGAAAAGUCAAAGACUGGACCUUGGCUUCCUAGUUGGACACUAUGUGGAGUGUGUAUUCCCUUCGAAUGACUUGCUGCAGAAUUUUUAAUUUCUGACCAAUUAUGGCUUAUUUAAUUAUUGUACAUAGAUGUUUGAAGGUCUUAUCGGGGUCAUUCCCACAAUCCUUAUAUCAUAUUGUUUACUCAUUCCUAUGUUGCCUUCGCUGCCCUUGAAGCCUGUGAAAUUUCUUCCCAAAGUAACGACAACCACACUUUUGACAGUGAUCACAAAAAAAGCGGCCCUUCACUUGAACAGUAUUUGCUCUUGAACAGACCGACGGGGACAUUUUAUGACAAGAGUCUGAUAAAUAUUCCUGGAACCAUCUCCAGAUUUCGUAAUAGGGCAAUGACAAGAGUUUAGCACGAUUUGGCCGUCAUACACCCCCAUCACUGAUUUGAAAUGAAACAAUCAAAUUGUGUUUGAAGUGGAGUCCUGUAGAAAAAUAUUCCAUUUGCCAUUUUGGAAUUAUAGGCUGUCUGUGCUGAGCCUCUCAGUUUGCAUUUUAAUGCUGGAAUGAAAAUAAUUUGCAGCCACCGAGUUGAGUGCUUGAGUUCAAGAGCCCAUAGAUCAUCACCAAAUGCCGAUUGUCCUCCCUUGAGAUAUUUUACCAGGUCUUCACUUAAUGCUUGUUUAUGGGUCUUUUUGUUUUUAGUAAGUGACUUGAAUUUGUUUUCCAAAUGUCUGGAGUUCAGUCAUUUUUGGGUCAUUAUCAGUCAUCUCGCUAAAAUGUUAUCAAUUUUGUAGCAUUUGUCUCCAUGUUAGAACAGAAUCAAGCCAGAUUGGUGUCCCCCCCCCCCCCCCCCCAAUUCCAGGGCACCCUUUUUUAUCUUUUUGGCCUAACUUGUGCGUAACAUAAGAGCAUUGCUGUGGUGCCAUUUUAUGGCAUCCUUGUGCAAACGAACAAUGUUGAAGUCAGUUGAGGAGCUUCAUGCAGUGCUCUGCUGAUAUCUUGGUACCAAGAAACUAUGUUUAAGUAAGUUAAGGAGCUUCAGGUGGUGCCUUGCCACCUUUUGAGACACUUGAUAGGUAAUUCUAAACCAUUUUAAGUUGGUUUCCAUGACCGGAAGUUCACUUUUUUUCAUCCGUCAUCCAUAAACACGAAUGACCUGGUUCCAUUUGUAGCCCUAACCUGUGUCCACCAUGUGUAACACAAUGAUGUGGGAUGCUUUGGAUCAUGACUCUCCAUCUCCAUUUUUGUUUCCUCUUCCAAUCCUUCUGAUACAAGUUGACCUCGGUUUCAUUUUUGCAAAGCAUCAGAUGGUACUUAGUUGUAUUCUAUUUGCAUUCAUGAAGGUGUCUCUUGAUUGUAGAAUGUGAUGAUAGAGUGACCUUAUCCACUUCACUUGUCUCCUGUUUGCAUCCUGGUCUUUUAUUGUUGAGCUCACCAGUGUUUAAUUUUAAAGAAUGUAGCUCACCUUUAUUUGUUUGUUUUUGCAGCAUAAUGAUGGUAUCCUCACUUGAACGUUUUAGCCCCUGGAAAUUCAAUUACUCUCCACAAAAUGGCUGUUAGUCCUAAAUUAAAUUCUUUAUUUUUGUGUUUUAUUUCAAAUCAACUUUGGCGGCGUCGAAAGACAAAAUCACUCAACUCUAGCUGAAUCAUCACAUUCAAAACACAUUAUAGUGUCAAUGUCCUGUUGACGUUCAGGGAGAUCUUUUUUUUUUUUUUCCAUACUGGAUUCUGAUAUUGACGGUUGUUUUUUAUUUUUCCUCACUUGGGAUUAAACUGAAAUUAUUGACCGGGUUUUCAUUGGCCACCGCUUGCGAAAUAGAAAUCCGUUGAGCCGCACUGACAAGGUGCAUUUCAAUGUCACGAUUAGGCUUUGUCUGGCAAGAACAGCCACUCUGCAUCCACCACUCCGCUCUCCCCAGUGUGGCUGAUUAGAAAGGGGGAGCGCUGCACUUUUGCAUGCCCUCGAUCGGUUUCCUCCUCAGGGUCCUCCGGUGAAAGAUGACGAGGGGGAGUAUUGCUCCAACUAACAUUGGAGGGCGUUUUACAUCCCGUUUUAUCAAGUCUGCGUGCUUUGAAAGAGUUCAUGGAAUCACGAACGCUGCUGACGGCCUAACCGCUAUUGCAUCAAGGGAGAAUGUUUUUUUCCAAAGUGUUGACAAAAGAGCUGUUUCAUAUUUCUAUCUUAAUGUGCAAUUAUCAAAAAUGUGUCGGCAUCAAACAGCAAAAGUGCUCUA